AUGUAUCAAAAUAAAAACAACAACAACAAUAAUGUAAAUGAUAAAAUGAUUGGAGAACUUGCUAAAGAUUAUUCGGCUUACAUGAAAGUUGAUUUACCAAAUCAGACAUUGAAAAUUCAUGAAUCUAUUGAAGAAAUGAUGAUACGGCUUGAAGAAUUUGAAUCAAUUGUUGGAAUGGUACAAAAUUUGCGAGCCGAGUGUACUUUUGAGCAUUUAGUGAGAUUCCGGUCGGUAAAUCCCCAAUUAAUGGAAUUGUGCAAGCGAAUUGAUGCACUGGAGCAUGUUGUCGCACGUGCUAAUAUCGACUUGACGAAUUUAGAAGCGGCUGUUGACACGGCUGAGGUUGAAUUAGGUGUCAGCACAACAGUGUCUGACCGAACACCCGUCAGAAAUGCAGUGUCUCCACCUUGUCAUUUUACCUGGACCGCAUGUUUUGGUGCAGCAUGACCACUUGCCCCAAUUGUCCCAAACUUUAG